AUGGGUUGUGAUUGUCUAGUAAAAUCCAUUGGCUACGCUGCCGUCCUGUACUUUGUAUCUCGAAUUGCCACCCAUCUGUGGGCCCUCCUUUACCCAUAUGUCAUUGGAGGCAAACAAGAUUUGAAGAAAUUGGCUGGAUCCAACACUGCUGGUAAGGUUUCGUAUGAUAGUUUAAGUUUAGCGAUCUAUAUUUUCAAUUUUGGUCAUAUAAAUACAAAUUAACAUUACUUUGCCAUGUAAUUGUAUGUUUAGUUGUCACCGGAGCUACUGAUGGAAUUGGCAAAGCAUAUGCUUUCGAGUUGGCCAGAAAAGGAUUCGAUCUUGUGCUGAUCUCAAGAACGCAAUCUAAAUUGGACGAAACUGCCAAGGAAAUCACGGAGAAGCACUCUGGAGUUAAGGUAGAUACCAUUUCGUUCGACUUCUCGAGUGGAGAUGUCAAGAACUACGAGGAAACGCUGUUCAAGCAGUUGGAGCAAUAUGACAUUGGAGUCUUGGGUAAGUGUGUUAUUCAGAAAGUGUUUUUACGUUUAGUUUCUACUUUGAGAAAAUUUUUAAAAACUAUAUUUAUAUAACAAAAAUGCAAAUAAUUAGUUUUUUACAACGCAUCUUUUAGUUAACAACGUUGGAAUGUCUUACGAAUACCCAGAACGUCUGCAUGAGAUUGAUGGAGGUCUCGACCGUGUAGCCGGAAUCACCAUCAUCAACACCCUUCCAGUAACCCUUCUCUCGGCUUUCGUUCUCAAGAAGAUGGCUGUCAGAAAAAACGGUGUCGUCAUCAACAUCUCCUCAUCUGCUGCCACCAAGACCAUGGCCUACUGGGCCAUCUACAGUGCCACCAAAAAAUACGUCAACUGGCUGUCCGAGAUCAUGAGAAAGGAGUACGCUGACAAGGGCAUCACCAUUCAAACCAUCUUGCCCAUGAUGGUGGCCACCAAGAUGUCCAAAGUUCGCAAGAGCUCAUUCUUUGUCCCUCAGGUAGGUUAAUGUAAUAUAUAGUUGCUGUAAUAGUUUGAAUGCGUCUAUAGGUUCAUUUCUAGCAUACCAUUGAGUUAACAUGCAUAAAAUUUUCUAAUUUUAGGCCCCAGCUUACGCCCGAGCUGCCCUCGGAACCGUUGGUUUGGUCGAUGAAACCACAGGUUACUUGAGCCACCAGAUCCAACACGAUCUCUACUUCAAUAUCAUCCCCGAUUGGGUCUUCAACUACAUGUCCAACCAGACCUCGCUAGCAACUCGUGCCCGUGCCUUGAAGAAAAAGCAACAAAAAGUAGAAUAA